AGCGCUGUCAGUGCUGGUCGCUGACCGUGGCGAUGUAUGUGUUGUGUGGUAGAUGCUACGAGGAAGGCUAGACAGGCAGUAUGGCGGAGGAGGGCAGUGUGUACGAGUUAGAGGGGCUUGAAAAACAAUUACAGAGUUUGUUGGGCCGCUACACAAGUGAUGAGCUGCGAGCCGAUAACAAACCGUUCUGCUCUGACUUUUGCAAGCUGGUGGAGGAGCACGCCUCUCGCUGGCAGGUGCCGUUGCCUCAGCUCAGGAUCCUCGACGUAGCUCUCAGCUACUUCACGCGAGCCUCCACCUUCUUCGCAUCAAACUGUGAUCAUGUGCUCCACACACUCAGUAGUCUGGCCUUGAGUGUUUUUGAGUUGCUGCUGUUCUUUGACCAGAAGGACUUACAUCAGGAGCCACUGAAACACUUCACUGUUACAUUCCAGGAAUGUCAUUUGGCCCUUGCAAGGCAUCAGAAUGUUCACUUACUUCAGGUUGAGCGUUUGGUUCGGAGCAGCGGGCCUUGGGCCUGUCCAGCCUUACAGGCAAUCCUCAGUGAGUCCAGUUUACCUCAGAGUGAAGUGGAUGCGUGCAUUAGUUCCGAGCUGCCGGUGUUCCUUGAGCUCCGGGUGCGCUACCUCUUAUCCUGUGAGCGGGUCAGUGAGGCUAUGGCCCUGGCUAAGUGUUGCGCUUGGCAUCCCACAGCAGGACAACACUUGUUCUUCCUCCAGGUCUACCUCACGUGGCUUUUCAAAACCUCACAGCACGACAGCCUACACAAAGAGGUGGCUGACUUCAGUGGUAAAGAUGCAGUUCACAUCAUCUGUAGUUUGGAGGAUGAGGAAAAGGAUGAUUUGCUGCUAGCCCUCAGCAGAGCCUUCCUCUCCCAGCAGCUUCGUAAGGGAGACAUGUACUACUUGUGUGAUCUUGUCUUCAUAUGGAGUAAACUUCAUCAUCGGUUGAAAACAUCCAAGGAAGCGCUACUGGAGGAGAUUCGGGAGCUGAUGCUGUCUGCCACCAAUGUCAACACAAUCUUCCCAUUCAUCAGAGCCAUACUGCAAGAAGUUGGUGAAGAUGGAAUCCAGUUCUGUGUGGAGCUUUGUGUUAACGCCCUGGGGUCUUGCCUUCCCUGUGAUGUUAUCACCAAGUCCCUAAUCUACAAAACCAUUGCGAGCCUGCUGCCUAAUGACCUAGAGGUUUGCCGGGCUUGUGCUCUCCUUGUCUUCUUUGUGGAACGCACUGUUGAGGCCUACAAGAUUGUGUACCUGCUUUACAUGCAUCCUGAUCAGGAGUACCAUGUGGAGCUCAGCCCCAUCAGAAAUCAUGUUCGCUUUGAAACUCUGCAGGUCUUAAAGAAAGACCUGUAUUUUGACCCAGAGUUUUGGAACCUCAUUGCUUUGCGGACCAACUGUUUGAAGCUGAUGAGUGAGAAGGUAGUGAGUGCUGCUCUGGACGAAAUCAUGGAGGACAAAUGGAUCCUUAACUACUGCACCAAAGAACCUGCUCUCCGAUCAAGAAAAACAGUGUGUCAGAGAGGACGUAAAGGGGCACUUCAGGCAUCAGCUAAGAAGCAGCACCAUAAUGAGGAUACUGACAUGGCAACAAAAAGAUUCAAGGUGGGCCCAGGAAAAACACGUCUAAGUGUUGACCACACUGUGAAGAGGAAAGGCAACCAUAGGUCACGACAUUUGAAGGAUGUGUCAUCAGAACCUUUAAGGCGCUCAUUUUGGCAGCUGGAAAGACUACGGGACAAUGGGGGCUAUGGAGAACAUAGACGCACUACACGACUGUCAGAGAAGAACCCACCAAAACGCAGAAUUAGGAAACCCAAGUGGCUUCUUGAAGACUCAGGAACUCUUGAAGAGAAUAAUGUUCCUCAGAAGAUAAAGAGACACGGGUUGAGGCUUCAGAGGCACCAUCAGUUAUCUGUUGAAAAGACACCUGAAAGUGGUCAGAUCAAGAACGAUGCAAAACACAAACUUUCAGUAAACUCUCAUUUGAUGGCAAGGGAGAACAACAGCAAACACCAGAAAGGACUUUCUCUGGACUCUCCUCAACCAGCCAACCCUCCACAAGUAAUUCUUGAGCUCUCCUUACCAGACAACGAGCUGAUGGGCUCAUUUAAUGAGGACACUUGCAACAGACAGAGAGGGUUCCCUCAAGUGCUUCUUUACAAACCCACAGUGAAGAUUCCUGCCACACCACCACCUGUGAAGACUGUGCAUCGCAAAGAGGUUGUUCUUAGAGCGCGGGAUGCAAGUAUGUUUUUGCAACAGUUGCACUGCUAUGCUCGGCGGCCGAAAGGAAAAGGUAAUGGGUUGAAUAUUCAAGGCUCGGUAUCAACAAUCACCCGCUCGUCUGUGCAAGGAAGCCCUCCAAAAAGUCCACACGGAGAGAUCAGUGAAAAGCCUGAAUUUCCCUCUCACACACCAGCAGCAGGAGUUCCAGAAUCCCCAGUUUUAGAAAAAGCUCAAACUCAAAAAGCAGUCUCACGAAAGACAUCCUCAGCAGGAGAGCUCUCUGAAAAGUCUGCUGUAAAGGUGAAUGUCCCUGUUUCCUCACAAACACGAGCAACAGGAAAAGUCCUGCAAACCAGGACAAGAGAGCUCCAUAAAAAGUCUGAAAUGAAACUUGCCAGUGCUUCACAGAUAUCAGCAGCAACUGAAGCGACAGAAUCCCCAAUCUUAGAAAAGGCCCUGCAAGCUCAAACAAGAGAGCUCUGUGAAGAGUCUGCUGUUGAGAUGAAAGUCACCAUUGCCUCACAAGCCCCAACAGUGGGUAAAGUGACUCAGUCCCCAGGUUUAGAUACGAUUUCUAAAGCUCAGACUGUAAGAGACUCUUCAAAAACCUCAACUUCAGCUGAACUGCCGCAAACUGUAGACAGCAAUCAGAUGGGUGGUAGUGAAGAAAACGCUUCAAAGAUUGGAGCUGCUGAUCCCAUGCUUCCACAGUCUCAAGAUGUCGUUCAUAGAGAUGGGAGACAACUUGAACUGAACUCUCAGGCUGAAAUUGGUUAUCCAGGGGUCCACACCACUGUCAGCAGCAGCAUAUCUGAGAUGGAUGUUUCACCCAAACGUUCUGAAAAUGACACAACCCCUGGAGGAACAAGGGUCGCUAGACCUAGAGAUCAGGACAAUAUUAAUGACAUAUCUGCUCUGACAUUGGUAACCGAAGUGGUAACUGAACUUGCACCUGAGAAACUUGCUCAUAAACAGCCACCACCUGAGGACAGUGCCUCCAAGGAGUCAAAAGCUGGAAGUAAAGCUAAAGUUCCUCACAAAUCACAUACUACCUCCAGCUGCUCUGUACCAUACCUUGGGGCCUCUGCAGGUGCAGAUGUGCAAGGGAUGACGGAGGGAAUUCAUGAUUUUGAUCCAGAAACACCUGAGAACAGUGAACCUAUUGAAACAGAAGAAUCCAGGUUGGAAUACUGUUGUACCUUCUGCAACAAGGUGUUUAAGGGAAGUCGUGUUGUAGCACAUGCUAUGUUCCAUUAUCGAAGAGAUGAGUGCAUGUUCUGUGGCACCAUGUUCAAAGAUGACCUCCUUGCCAUGAUGCACCUGUCCAAUCAUAUUGAGAAGCUAAAGAGGAUCAAAGAGUUGCCUGGUAAUAAAGCCCAAGAAAACUGUGUCUCUGACACCAAAGAUUUCUCUACACCUGAGACCUCUGCCAAAGACAAGACCACAAACAUGUCCUCUGGGCGCCGCGGUCGUGGGAGACCAAGGAAAUCUGCCGUCCCUCCUAACUCAAUAAGUCUUCCAGAUUCAACCCCAACUGGACCCAGAAAAUUAAGAUCUAAUGACAAGCCCAUGGAUGGUCUUUCUUUACCAGAAAAGAAACAAAACGCACCAAAGCACCUUAAUAGUCAAACUCCUGUUCACAAGGUCAAUGGGCAUAUUGGCAAAAAGAAAGAGCCUGACAGACGGAAAAAGGAUGCUGUAAAAUCUGAAGCUAAGCUGCCACGUAGACAGCAGGAGAUCACUGGAGAUGGAGCAAGUAGCGGUGCUGAGAAUCCCAGGUUGCAAGAAAACCGAGACGCAGAAAUGGAUUCCACAACAUCAGUUCAGGUGGUCAAAGACUUCAUCUGUUCUACCGACAAUAAAAUGAAGAAGACAGGAUCUCUGAAGGUCCCAAAGACUGCCAUAAAACAAGAUGGGAAAGAGAAAAAUGUGGAUCCCCAAGAGAAAGUUUGCUGUCCUGUGGAUGGUUGUGGUUGGUUCACAGACCUGUCAAAGAAUCGCGUCGCACUCCUUUACCAUGCUCUCAAUGAUCACGAUGGUGAGGUCAGACCUUUACAACUGGCGUUCCGUAUCGGAAACAACAAAUGUAGUAUCUGCAUGAGGGUCUUGUGGAGUUUCGAACAUUUUCAGCACCACGUUGAAAGACACAGACUCAGUCCUCGGCAUCCUUGCCCUCAUCAAGGUUGUACCGCCAGGUUCAAAACCGGAAUGGAAAUGCGACGCCAUGCUAGGAGGCACAUUCCGCUGCAGGCAGUGUGCUGCCUCCCUGGUUGCUCUAAACUAUUUAUUUGUCUCUGGGCACUGAACCUUCACGAAAGAGAGCACUAUGCUUCCAAAUCCACCAAACCCAACAAGAUUACAAAUAAGCAAACAGGUGGCAAACAUAAUAACACUCCAACUGUGAAGAAACAACUGGAUCAUAAGCCAGCAGAUGAAACUGCUACCACUACUGUAACUAAAGCUGUGAGCUUCAAGGCUACUCGUAAAUCAAGAGGACGAGCUACACGUAACUUAACAGGAAAACACGAUGAGCUUCUUUCUUCCACCACCACCCGAGCGUCUCUGUCGAACCAGGAGCUGAAAGGGAGCAAUGAGACCAAAGACUCUGAUGUCUUGAAGAAUCUCUCUAACAAGCACACCUCCGCAGAGCCUUCUGGCCCUAAUCUGAGAUUAAAGCAAACGUUCAAACAAAAGAAAGCAAAGAACGCAGCGCUCAAAAGUCACAAAGUCCUCUCGUCAUCAUUGCUACACAAUAUCAAAGUAAGGCAUAAGUUCAAGAAAGGGCAGGUCAAAGUAAACACUCAAGGUCCUAAAAGAAGAGGGCGCCCACCCAAAUUUAAGAAAGCUGUGCAUGAUGAAAACAUUACUACUGGUCAAGACAGUCAGGAAAUGGAACAGAAGAGCUCCACUCCAAAUGUGAAAGAGGAGGUCAAAGACAAAGAAAAGAGUCAGCACGUUCAAGAUGUAGUCAGAACUACAGACGCAUCAAUCAGUGAAUCAAAGGCUAAGAAAUCAACAAGCAAGCAGAUAAAGAAAGAUCCUGUGAAACAGAGGGGGGUCUCACAUAAUACCCCCAAACCUGAUGUGACAGUUAACAGUUCAAAUCAAUCAACCAUCGCCACCUCAGCAGAUAUAACACAGAAGUCAACUGUUGACAAAAUGAAGAAACUGCAAAAAGCGAAAAAACGCUCUGCGACGAAAGACAUUGGAACGGCUUCUUCAGACUGCAGCAAGUCAAAGAAGCAGAAGGUUACAAACGGCAUAGCCAACACAAAGAUAAAGAAAAAAUGUCCUUCCACAGAACAAGAGUCUGCCUCGUCAGAUUCUGCUGCCCCACAGGUUGAGCCCAAAACAGCAGCAGCACCAGUAGAAAAUUCUGCUGAUGAGGACGGAAAAACAAAGGCAGAAAACACAGACUCGACACAACACUCCUCUGGUAACUCUGUGCCUGCAGUUCAGGGUAACGGUAUUAAUGAGGUAACCGCAACACCCACAAUCUCAGGAGAAAAAACACACAAGGUAACAACAGAAGAGAAGUCAAAGAAGACAGACAUAAUGAAAAAGGAAGGAAAGAAAGAAAAGGGUUCUCGUACUGCUUCCUCAGGCUCAGGCAAGACAAAUAAGAGGCACAAUGAUCUGAAUAAAAAGGGGGAUAAAAAGUUGGUCAAAGAAAAACAACCCUGCAAAGAUGCAAGCAAAACCGUGAAAAAGACAGGCUCUCCUGCCGGGGAAGGUCAAGCAAAAGAAGAAACCUUGAAUGCAACACUCAACAACUCCGUCUCUGUUGCCACAGCUUGUGGCUUGAAUGACGCCACUUCUCAACUCACUGCUGCUGAAAAGGACACGCAGAAAGGAGCAAAAAAAGAGAAAUCAAAGAAGCCCCAAGUCCCUAAAAAUUUGGACCCCAACAAAGCAAAUAAAAAGCGCAAGGUUGUUCAUAAAGAAGGUGAAACAAAGACUGUCAAGAAAAAAUGCAAAGAUCAGGGUGAUCCAUCAGUACUUCAGGCUGCAAAGUCAAAUGCUAAGGUCACACCAGCGACUGUGCCGAGCUCUGCAGCCGAGGAGGGAAAAGUUUCAGCGGAAACACCACAGUUAUCUCCAAGUAACUGCCCUGGUUACUCUAUGAUAAUGAACGGACAAGCGUCAAGUGAAGAUUCAAAAUCAACAGUGUGUAAGGAGGCUCUGGCAGAGUAUGGUAAGAAGCCGUACAUGCGUCCACCGCCCACAGCAUACCUGGAUGAGAGGUACACCACCAUGCCGAAACGAAGGAAGGAGAUGUCGUUUUCGCCGCCAUCUCAGAGAAGCGUCGAGCAGGCCAAGGCUACACCAGCUCUGCAGAGACAACGCUGUGCCAACUGCUUCGCCACGUUCAACAGUGCUGAGGAUCUUCAGAGUCACCUCCAGCAGCAGAAGUGCUCGAACAUCUUUGGAUUUGACUCUGAUGACGAGGGAUGCACAAUAGAGUGACCUGUGGACCCACACGGAGCCCCCGGAUGGAUCGUACCUCACUGGAUCACGGCUCCCUGGAUGACUUGUUCUUCACUGCUGGCAACGACUCAACUGGAGGCUGACAACCGAGAGGGGUUGCCUGACUUUUGCUGCAGCAUGUGCCUGUAACUGCGAGGCCCGGGAGCGGCUAGAACACGUGAACUAGCCGAUCAACAAAAAGAAAACUGAACUGAAUAUCAGUCAGACUGUUUAGCAGUACUGCUAGUACUGAAGUGCCUGUUCUGGAACCGCCGUUUCCAGCUGCUUCACCUGGGAUGGAGAUUAAGAAUUGUGGCUUAAAGACUGGACUCUUGAAAGCUGUGGAAAAAAAGAAAACUGAAGAGAGAUGAGAAGGCUGCUCCUGCUUUCACUUAGAUACAUAUUUUCACAUCAGUAAGCCAUAUAAUGCCAUUUUUUUGUUUGCUUUUUGCACUCAUAAGAUUUCUCGAUUUUUUUUCUGCUUAAACUCUCUAAAUGACAGGAUUGUACAGUGAAUGAAACCUCUGUUUCAUCAAUACAUGCUGUGUUAACAUCCUAAGGUUAUGUGUAAUUUAGACUGAGUCUAAACUUUGAAAAGCUGUAAGAUUGCUGUACCAUCUUUGGGAUUUUUUAAAAAAAUGUAUAACCCUUGUUUAAAUUACUAAUUGUAUUUCUUAUACAAAGUACCCUGUGGGGGUUUAGUUCUGUGCUUGUUCUCACCUUGAGUGACCAGUAGGUGUCAGUGUGCACCACAUCUUUUUUGCAACAGAAGGAUUUCUACAUGCAAAGCUGCUCCGCUGUAUUCAUCACACGCCACUUCCAGCCACAUCUACCAACUCUUUUUCCUUUAGCAAUAACAACCACAAAAUGUGUCUGUAUCCCACUAAUAUUUUUGCUGGAUUCUGUCACCUUUUGUUGUAUCUCUUGUAUUCGCUGUCUGUGGAGCAGCUGGCAUUCUGGCUUAUGUUUUCUCACUUAAACAUAGGAUUUCUUUUCAAUUUUAUCUUAACCGAACUUUUCAAGACGAUAGAGACGUUGUGAUUUCUCUUUUAAGAUAUCAUGAACUAUUACAGUUUUAAGUGUUAUGGGGAGGCCGCACCAGUCUAUCACGAGCAGCAGCAGGUUAUAUUUAUUUAUGUUUUAUUUUCUAUCUUUUGUAAAUAUUUGAAGAGUCCAAUGGCUUAUUAUAUAAGGGGGGUGUCGGAGCAGGGUUUAUAUUUUGUUCUCGCAGAAAAAAAUAAAACAUUUCAAAUGGCA